CAAAAACCUUUUAGUUGUCUGGAUUUUGUGCGGUGAUCUCAUAAGUAUUUAUAGCAUCCUCAACAUUGAAUCUCUCAAACAAGAAAAGGAAUUCACAUGUUUCCAAAUUCCAAAAGCUUUCUCUAAUCUGUCCCUCUGUUUCUCUCUACGCGUUUACGCUUUCCUGUUCGUCGCUUAAAAUCCUCUGCAAUAUCAUUGAUAGAAACUAAGAAGAACAGCAUCAAAAGCAUGGCUUUGGGCUUUAGUAGUAGUGUAGUGUUCAUUUUGUUCCUUUUUUCAUCAAUACCCUUCUCGAUUUCCCAGGCGCCGUCUUCACCUGCGGAUGCCUGUAAUGGGGUGUUUGUGUCGUACACUUACGAAAGCGGGUCGCGGCUGCCGCCGGUGAAUCCGAGGAAUCAGGCGUACCGGUUCGAGUCCACGUUGACGGUGCUGAACAACGGGCUCGAGGACCUCAAGGCAUGGAGGGUAUUUGUGGGGUUUCAGCACGAGGAGUUCUUGGUCUCUGCUUCUAAUGCUGUGCUUGCUGAUGGGGCUAGCGUGCCUGGGAGUGUUGAAAAUGGGACUGUUUUUGCUGGGUACCCGAUGACGGAUCUUAAGACGGCGAUUGAGACUGCAGGGGACGUGACCCAGAUGCAGGUUCAGGUGAAGCUGGUGGGGACGCAGUUCGGAGUGUCUCCGCCGCGCGUGCCAUUGCCGGCGAAUAUUACGUUGGCUAAUGAUGGGUUCGUCUGUCCCAAGACUACUCUGCAAGGUACAAAUGAGCUGCAAGUUUGUUGCACUGUGAACCCGAAUUUGAAGACAAACAUAACGGUAGACGGAGAAUUCCUCCCUCGCCGAGAGGGUGAUCUUACAAUAAUGUAUGAUGUGAUCAGGACUUAUGAGGCAAAUUACUGGGCACAGGUUACAGUAGCAAAUCAUAAUCCUCUUGGCCGACUCGAUAAUUGGAAACUGAGCUGGGAUUGGAUGAAUGAUGAAUUUAUCUAUACCAUGAAAGGGGCAUACCCUUAUGUUGUUGAUUCCUCUGACUGCAUACUUGGUCCGCAAGGUGUAUACUACAAGGAUCUAGAUUUUGCCAAUGUACUGAAUUGUGAAAGAAGGCCGACGAUAAUCGACCUACCUCCAACAAAGGCCAAUGAUACUACCCUGGGUUUGGUUCCAUUUUGUUGUCGUAAUGGGACAAUCUUGCCAACAACAAUGGACCCAGCGAAGUCGAGUUCAGUGUUCCAGCUUCAAGUCUAUAAGAUGCCACCCAAUUUGAACCGAUCAGAGCUUUCCCCACCUCAGAACUGGAGGAUCAAUGGCACACUGAACCCUGAUUAUCAAUGUGGUCCUCCUGUGCGAGUAAGUCCGAGCCAAUAUCCAGAUUCAAGUGGCUUGCCGUUGAACAAAACUGUCUUUGCCAGUUGGCAGGUGGUUUGUAAUAUCACCCAGCCCAAGGGAGCAAGCCCUAAAUGUUGUGUAUCAUUCUCUGCAUACUACAAUGAAUCUAUUGUCCCUUGCAAGACCUGUGCUUGUGGUUGUCCUAGUAACACAGGUAGAACUUGUAGUGCCACAGCUCCUGCUCUUCUUCUUCCUGCACGGGCACCUCUCGUUCCAUUUGAGAAUCGUACUGUGUUGGCGACUACUUGGGCCGGCCUUAAACAUCGGACAGUGCCGAACCCGUUGCCGUGUGGAGAUAAUUGUGGAGUCAGCAUCAACUGGCACCUAUAUUCAGACUAUUCUCGAGGAUGGUCUGCAAGGAUCACAGUUUUCAACUGGGAUGAAAUUGCUUUUCCUGACUGGUUUGCUGCUGUACAAUUGGACAAUGUAUCCCAUGGCUUUGAAAAGGCCUACUCCUUUAAUGGAUCUGCGUUGGAACUGAACGGUGUCAAUAAUACCAUAUUCUUGCAGGGGCUUCCUGGACUGAAUUAUCUUGUUGGAGAAACUGAUGGAGCCAACCCUGAAAGGGAUCCUAGGGUUCCUGGAAAACAACAGUCGGUCAUCUCGUUCACGAAGAAAACAACUCCUGGAAUUAAUGUGGCUGCUGGAGAUGGAUUUCCUACUAAAGUGUUCUUUAAUGGCGAGGAAUGUGCACUUCCUGCUUUUCUCCCAAAUGACAGCAGUAGAACAGUCUCAGCUAUGGCGUUUUCAGUUCUCAUAGCAGCAAUGGCGUUUUUAUUCAUGCAGCAGUAGCGGAUGGACAAGGAUGCUUGGUUAUCCAGCUGCUGCUAUUUUUUCAUUCUUUUAGUAUUCUGAUUGAUGAAUGCUUUACCCAGAGAAUCAGCAUUGCAAGAUUGCAAUGUCUGUGAUGCUUGGUACAUCUGCUGUUGAUUUGAAGAAUCUGAGAUUCUGAAUUGUGGAUA